ACCUGAUGAUUUCCCAUUAACCAUAUUUACCAUCCCAUUAAAGCAGAGGCUGCUGCUCUUAAGUUGUCAGGGGCUUAAAUCUGCUCCUGGCAGAUGUCCUAACUACAUGCUUCACAGGUCCUCUGCACGAGCUGCAUUGUAGAGACAAAGCCCAGGGCCUUACAAGGACAUGGCAUGUUAUAGAAGGAUUUUCAGACGGCCGUCAGGAGAGUAGCAUCAUUUCAUCUGAUUCCAGCUUCUUCAGCCUGUCCCGAUUUGGAAGUGGGAAGAUUGGAUCAGAGGCAGUAAAUCUCCUGACGGUAGAGGAAAAGUGGUUGCCCUUCUUUUCUUCUAAAGUGCUUUCAGUCAGCCCAGUAAUGGGACUUGGCAGGGAUCUGUGAACGCAUUUCUGACCUUGUGUGUUCUCCCUUUGCGCGGGGCUCCCCUGGCCCGCAGGAGACAGCUGCGCUGCUCCCCAAAGGCUGGAGUUCCUCUGCACGCAGCUGCUUCCCUGCUUCCUGCUGGCUUCCCCUGAGAUUGCAGAGGGGAGGAAUGGGCACAUUCAUGGGAGAGCUGAGCUGAAGCUCACCUGUGUGACACCGCUCCUCUGCCAUCCUGAUCCCCUGGGCAAUGCUGCUGUGGUGGCUGUCAGACUGUCCCGGUUUUCUGACCUUGCCUGGAUGCACCCCUGUUGUGGUACUGUGCUGGGAGGGGACACACUGAGAAAGAGGCUGCCAUGAAAGACCAUAUGGGUAAGUGAGACUGAGGACAGUCUUCAGCAUGACCCCUGAUUUGAACACAAUCACCGUGGAAUAAGGCAAAUGGUAUCAGAGGGACGCUGCCGUGGAAAGCUUUGGAGCAGCUCCUUCCGAGCUCUUGGAAACACUAUAGUUUGGGGCUUUUUGAAAGAAGUAGACUGGAAUUCCUCAGUGUCUGCUGAAUCCAGCUAAAGGUGUCUUGAAGUGGCCACCAAGAACGAGGUGCAUACUUGUAGGAUCUGUGUGUUGAACCAUGCAGAUGAAAAUCCCUGACUCUGCUGUUGUAGGCACUUCACUUGGCUUCGUUGCCUCACUGUCCCAAUCAGGAAAAUGGGAAACUUGGAUUUAGCCUCUGACUGUGCUGCUAGCUGUGUGAUCUGGAGAUGAGACAUUUAAUCUCUUCUCUUCCCUUUUCAGUUAAGCUGGCAACAUCCAGACCAAUUUGACAGUGGACUGUGAGGAUUAAUGAGUUUGUUUGCUCAGUGCUCUAGAAAUCUGAAGCAUGAAAUUAGCGUUUACAAGGCAUUUGCUACAGCUUAGUGAAGCAAAGAGCAUCUUUCAGUGUCCCAAGCUGUACAGCCUCCCUGGCGCUCAGGGAAGGAUCUUGGCAUUCAAGGGUGAGAGAAGAAUAAAGGAGUAUGGCACAUGCCUUUGAAGUGCUGGGAGAAAUUGAGGCUUUAGUAAAACAGGAGAUGAGAGCUAUCUUAGAAAUUCUGUUUUGUGUCCCUAGAGCCGUGGGUUUGGUUACAGGCAGGAUCACAAAUCUUGUUUGUUCCUUCCCAUGUACAGCCUGCAUUUCCCUGACAAGACCUGGAAAGCUGAAUGGCUUAUUAUGUGGCACUGCCUUAAAGUGCUCAUGAUUUAUAUUUAAGGAAUCCAGGAAUUUGCUCUGGUUUUAGCUGUACGGCACACCCUUCCCCCUUCCCUGGAUCUACUGUGCUCCCUGGCCGCUGCCCUAAACCCGGGAGUGCUUAGUGGCUGUGCAUGUAUCUAAUUAGAGACUUUGAUUCUCUCUCCAAGGAUGACGUCUAUGAGAAUAAUCGCUUGGCCUUUGAGUUGGCAGAGCGGGAGCUGGGCAUCCCAGCCCUGCUAGAUCCCAAUGAUAUGGUCUCCAUGAAAGUCCCUGACUGCCUCAGCAUCAUGACUUAUGUGUCUCAGUACUACAACCAUUUCAACAACCCCAGCCAAGCCAGCGUCCCUCCGCCUAUGAAGCGACCAACUGCUGCCUCCUCUCCUCCUCUGCUGUCCCACAAGACGCCCGUGGCUGCAAUCGAGAGUCCUACAGCACCACAGGAUGAUGUCCCCUCGGAGCGGUCCCAGCGCAGCACGCUCAGCAGCACCUGUGCAGCCUGCCAGCAGCACGUCCACCUGGUGCAGCGCUACCUGGCCGAGGGCAAGCUCUACCACCGCCAGUGCUUCAGGUGUAAGGAAUGCUCCAGCACGCUGCUCCCGGGGUCAUACAAGCCUGGGUCAGAGGCAGGGACUUUUGUCUGCACGCAGCACCGUGGUAAACUGGCCGGGAGUGGGAAGGCAGAAAGGAGGCCCAGCCCAGACCAACAGUCACCAGAGCUAAGAACUGAGACUGGGGCUGACAGCAUGGGAGAGAAUGCCCUCCAGGCAGGAGCAGGCGUGAGGAAGGAUGAUGGUGACUCCCAGGAAAGUGUGGCAGAGACCCCUAUGCCUGCAGAGGGCCAUGCUGGCCCAGCAGAGAAGGACAGCACAGCCAGCAAAGCAGAGACACCGGCACCCCCUGCUCACGCUGGCAGUGGGGCAUCUGUCUCCCAAACUCCCCCCAGGCCUCCAAUCCCCAGCAAGCCUGCAGGGCUCACCCAGGACAAAGGCAGCACACUGGAUGGACGGCUCAGAGACUCACGUCCCACCCCAGCUCCAAGGAAGGCCACCGAUGCAUCUGCCCUCUCCCCUCCAUCCUCCCACCCUGUCCCCCGGCCCAGGUCCACUCUGCAGGGCGAGGGCAGCGACUGUGGGCCCGGCAUGGUGAACGGUCGGGUACCUGAACCCAGCCCCCCGGUCCCAAAACCCCGAGGGAGACCCUGCUCCUCUGAUCGUGGUGGAGCUGCUGCAAGAGCCAAGGACCCACCAUGGAUGGCUUUAGUGCAAGCAGAGCCCAAGAAGAAGCCAGCUCCCCCUCCUCCCCCAGGCAACAACCAUGAGACUCCAAGUAGGACUUCAGAGGAGGAGGAUGGAGAGGAGUCGGGGAAAGCCAAGAGUGAGGAGAGCAGGUCUGAUACAACACAGCCCAAACCAUACAACCCCUUUGAGGAAGAGGAUGAGGAGGAAGUGGAAAGUGCUGACACCCAAAAGAGCACACCUGAGCAAGAUCAGAGCGAGACUGCUGCCAAACCUCUCCACCCCUGGUAUGGCAUCACUCCUACUAGCAGUCCAAAGGCAAAGAAGCGGCCAGCUCCACGAGCCCCCAAUGCUUCCCCACUAGCCCACCACCCCAUCUCUAGACUGUCACACUCUGAGCCAUCAUCCUCCACCCCAUCUCCAGCCCUCAGCCUCGAGAGCAUCGACUCUGAGAGUUCAGCCAAGGUGCUGGGAGACACCGAUGAGGCCUCAGUGCCCAAAAGCUCCUCCGAGCCCACUGUGCACAUGCCAACAGCUGCCAAGACUUCCAGCACUGAUGCACCGCUGGCCAGUGUCUCCUCCAGUGAAAGCCCUGCUGUCCCAGCCAGUCUCUCCACCAACUCCUCCUUCUCCUCCUCCAGCGAGCUGGCCAGCCUCAGUGGGGAGACGCAGCCCAGCACCCUACACACCAGCAGGAGCAUCUCCACUGGCAGCCUAAAGACCAGCCCCAGCCGGCUGCCCCCCAAGCCUCCAGUUGGGGCUAGCCCUACACCCAUCCUCUUGGCUUCAGAUGGGGGUGCUGGGAGCCCCAAGACAUCUUCCUCACCCAAACCACAGCUGAAGUCUUCCUGCAAAGAGAACCCCUUCAAUCGGAAGCCAUCACCUGCUGCCUCCCCCUCAGCAAAGAAACCUCCCAAGGGCUCCAAGCCUGUGCGUCCUCCUGCACCAGGCCAUGGCUUUCCACUGAUCAAACGCAAGGUGCAGACAGAUCAAUACAUCCCCGAGGAAGACAUCUAUGGGGAGAUGGAUGCCAUUGAGCAUCAGCUUGAUGAGCUGGAGCACCGUGGGGUGGCCUUGGAGGAAAAACUUCGCAGUGCUGAGAAUGACAACCCUGAGGACAGCCUGCUUGUGGACUGGUUCAAACUCAUCCAUGAGAAGCACAUGCUGGUGCGCCAUGAGUCAGAGCUCAUCUACAUCUUCAAGCAGCAGAACCUGGAGCAGCGACAGUCAGAUGUGGAGUAUGAACUGCGGUGCCUCCUCAACAAGCCAGAGAAGGACUGGACUGAUGAGGACCGAGGAAGGGAAAAAGUGCUGAUGCAGGAGCUGGUGACCAUCAUCGAGCAGAGGAAUGCCAUUGUGAACUGCCUGGACGAGGACCGGCAGAGAGAAGAGGAGGAGGAUAAAAUGUUAGAAGCCAUGAUUAAAAGGAAAGAGUUUCACAAGGAGACGGAGACCGAGGGCAAGAAGAAAGGCAAAUUCAAGCCCAUGAAGGUGCUUAAGCUGCUGGGCAACAAGCAUGACUCCAAGAGCAAGUCACCCAAGGAGAAAAGCUAGAGCAGGAGAAUACCAGCAGUGCGAGGGAACCCUGACUCACCUCUCCCUGGCCCUGGCUCGCCUCUCCCCCUGCUCCCUCCCCGGGCACCAGAGCUGUCACCCCAGCGAGAUGCCAGCUCUCAGCCCAGAGUGGGUGAGAAUGACCAAAGCCCUCCCCUUCCUGAGGCUGUGGGGGAGCAUGACCAUACCCUCCAUGAAGCCUUGUUAACAAGGUGGGGAGAAGAUGGAUUUGCUUUUCAGAUAUGUUACCCAAUUGUAACAUAUCUGAAUAUGUUACAUAUCUCGUCAUUAACUGAACAAGCAAAGAGUUUCGUGUUUGUGGGAAAACUUGCACUAACUUCACCCCGUCCCUUCUCCCGCUCUAACUGUGACAGUUCCACGUGCCUCUGACUUCUGCCAGGAAGGGACUGGGCCUCCCUGUCCCUCCCUGCCUGCCCACUCUUGUCCCUUUUCUGUCCCAUUUUUAACUUCAGGAAAGAACUGACAUUAGAAUCAGGAUCCUUUGGGUUUUACUUGCCUAAGUAAAAGGUUAAGAAAAUACUCCUGCAUCACAAGGCUCUAGAGCCAUAGCCAAAAAAAACCUGGUGCCCUAUUUAUUUUGAGCCGUCCCCUCCCUCAAGUGCCAGGGAUGGGUGGGCUCCGUCCCAAGGCUGAGAGGACCCAAGGGGAUGGCGUACAGCUGCUAGGAUGUAGCUCACGUGCCCUACUCAGGAACCCCACUGCUGCUAAACACUGCUGACUGCUGCCUUCCUGGGGAGGGAGGACCUGUUCCUUUUCCAGGCAAAGGCAGAAAAGCUCAAGAUUGACUGAGUGCAGGCAAGGGGCAGUAAACUUGUGUCCCUGCUCACCAGUGCCACCCUUGAGCGGCAGGGGAGAGAGGCGCGGUCACAACUGACCUUUACCCAGCUUCAUCUGUGUAUACUUUAAAAGUGUGCAGAUGUGGCUGGUUAUUUUUUACACCUCCUUUACUAGAUGAAUUCAAACCUAUCCUAAAACUUUAAACCCCUUAUUUUAUUUGUCAUGUGUGUGCGUGUGUGUACAUCAGAGGAGGGAAUGGGGGAGCAGUGUUCUUCCAACCAUCCCUUCUUCCUUCCAUUUUGUUUCCUGCCUUCACUUCCAAGAUGAUGAGUUAUUUAUUGAAUUAUUGGAUCAGUCUGAAUUAAGAGUUUCAUGGGUGUUUGGUUGGUCAGCUGUUCAUGCCUUCUCAUUAGCAAAUUAUACAUAACCAGCCCUGAGCCAUCUGCUGCAGUCUCUUCUAAAAACCCAACAGGCUUUAGCCAAAAUGCUCUCGGAGCAGUGCCUUGCAAGGUGGCUGGUGUAGCAUUCUGGAGAGGGAUCCUCAUUUCCCAAAACCAGAGGGACCCAAGCCCCACCUCAAUCCCAGUGUGGCCCCCAUGGCUGGGAGCUGGCCAGCUCAGCCCUGUGCUGGUAAUGCCAUCUCACCCUUGCCAUACCCAGCAGGCUGAUGAGGAGCAGUGGUAGGGGAGAUCCCAAAGCACAACUCUUCUCCAUGGAGAAACAAAUCUGCUUUAGAGCCUGCUCUCACAUCACUGUUGCCAAAGGCCAUUGGGAUUGCUGCAGCCUGACACCUCUUGGCCAUGCACCCAGUCAGAAGUUUGAUUUGUAAAUUAUACUGUACUAACUCCAUGACUUCCAUUCACCUGAACAGAAAUAAAAGAAACAUUGGACUUAAAAAAUGA